AUGUCUUCUGACGAUAAGCAAUACAUCUCAUAUAACAAUGUGCAUCAGCUCUGCCAAGAGUCAGCCGAAAGGAUCAAGAAAUUCAAGCCAGAUAUUAUCAUCGCUAUUGGCGGCGGUGGUUUUAUCCCAGCUAGAAUUCUUCGUACAUUUUUGAAAGAACCUGGUAUUCCAACUAUCAGAAUCUUUGCCAUCAUAUUGUCUCUGUAUGAGGACUUGUUUACUGUUGGUUCUGAGCAAGAAGCGGUUGGUGUCACCGUCCAAAGAACGCAGUGGAUUGAUUAUGAACAGUGUAAGUUGGAUUUAGUUGGUAAGAACGUGUUGAUUGUCGAUGAAGUUGACGAUACAAGAACAACGCUUCAUUAUGCUUUGCAUGAAUUAGAAAAGGAUGCCGAACAACAAGCCAAGGCCAAGAAUAUUGAUUUGGAUAAACAACCAGAGAUGAGAACCAAGUUUGGUAUCUUUGUUCUACACGAUAAAGUAAAGCCAAAGAAGGCUGAUCUUCCGGAAGAAAUAGUGAACGACGAGGAUCGUUAUAUCGCUGGCAGAAAGGUACCAGAUAAAUGGUAUGCUUAUCCAUGGGAGUCUACUGACAUUGUUUACCAUACCAAAAUGGCUAUGGAACAGGGAAAUGAUGUUUUCUUACCUUAA